UAUAUAUAUAUAUAUAUAUAUCUCACCAUCCUUAUCCCCCAUCCACUGUCAUACUCGACACACCCAUUCCUUUUUCUUCAUUUCUUCCAUGCCAACUUCAUCACCAUAUAUCAUGUUCUUCUUUCUCCUUCAAUCAAAGACAAACCACCACCGUCCAUUCUUCUCCUUCUCCUCUCUAUGGCCUCAAAAGGAGCAGCACCCACACGCACCACAUGAGCCACCACCUUCACGUUUUCUUCCUCUCCAUGGCAGCACCUCACCAUCACCACCGCCCCUCCUCCUCACCAUGGCUGUUGUGUCCAGCCAAGAGGCCACCACGAGGAGGCCAGCACCACAAGGAACACGUACAGCCCCAUUCAUCAUAUGGUAUUGUUCAAGCUUCAUCAUCCAUAUCAUGACAAGGAGACACCAUCACCAUGCCACUUUACUUCCUCAUGUGGGUACGAAGGACGAAAGCGCCUUGCGGCGAAGCUAAAGAAUAAAAGGAAGCGAGCCGACGUGGAAAACAAAGAUGUGAUUGGAUUGAAGUUGCAGUUUAGGAAAGAAAUUGGCUAAGAUGCCGUUGACGGAUUGUUUCGUGAUGCUUCGUCGUACGGGGAAGACCCGGAGCGAAAUGACUACUACUGAGCCUUCGACGUGGACCCGGACUGAAUGCAUGACCAGAUGAGGGUCGAUGAUGGAAGUAUAGGGUAUGGGUGUUUAGAGUCUACUAAGGUUGGGUGUUAGUGUCCUAGCUCUGACUUAUUCUUAUUUUUAAGGGCUUGUGUUGCUGACACUUGACCUUUCUUUUGGUUUGUACUUUUGCCUACGGGCGUUACCUUUUCUUACUUCCCGUCACUGGAGUUUUACUCGUGACGUGGUUUACUACUUACAGCGGGGGCUGUAAUAUAUAUUGUGUAUUAGUUCUGCUAUCUCUCGCAUUUGCGUUUAUUGAUUUUAGUCUUGUUUAUAUUAUCAAAAAAAAAAAUAAUCCAUGUUUUUCCGCCUUAAGUUUCUUUUGGUUACUAAAGUGACGCCACCGAAAUCGGGGUGUUACAUAGAAACUAAGGCAAGCACCAUAAAUAAGUUAGAUAAUUCAUGAGUUAAUUAGUCUAUUAAGAACAUAAGUGAAAUUGAUGAAAUCCUACCCCAGGUACUUCCCCUUUUGAUUGUUUUCAAUACUGCGUACUUGCUUUUCACUGAAUUCUGCAACUUUCAACUAAGUUCGUUUCAACAACAAUUAUUUACCCCCAAAACCUUUUUACUUAGUCUUUUUAGUCAUUUAAUAGGCUAAAUUGAUUUAGACGACCGCAAUCCUUGAGUUCAAUAAUUUAUUACUACUUAACGAAUAGGUACACUUGCCUAGGAGUUAUCAGCUAGCUACGUACAUGCUGCUGGGGGAUGCUGAGUAUUGGUGGAGGAGCGCCAGACUGAUUUUUGAAGCGGGCAAUGUGGAGAUUACCUGGACUUCUUUCAAGAGGGCAUUCCUCGACAAGUAUUUCCUAGAGACUACAAGAGAAGAUAAGGAAACACAAUUUCUGAAGCUCCACCAAGGGAGCAUAUCUGUCGGAGAAUAUGCCGCCAAGAUGGAGGCGUUAUCAAAGAAUUUCCGAUUCUUCCAGCUGCAAGUGGAUGAACCUUACCUGUGCAACCGCUUUAUGUUGGGGCUUCGGUUCAACAUUGAGGAAGCUGUGAGGCCCCUGGGUAUUCGGAAAUUCCAAGCGCUAGUCGAGAAGGCCCGAGAUGUUGAGGCUGUGAAGAACCAGCGAGGAAGUAGGCAAGGAAGGGGUGGACCAAUCAGGCCAAGCCAUCAAGAUUUUGAGGGGCAUGGUAAAGGGAAACAACCUCAGAAGAAGCUUUAUGACUACCAGCGAGGCAACAAUCGAGUUAUGGGUCAGAACACACCCAAUGAGACAACCUAUGAAGGUCAAGGUAGCCAAGCCCAAGGGAAGGACGUGACUUGCUUCAAGUGCGAAAAAAUGGGUCACUAUGAAAAUGCCUGCAAGGAAGACCCUAGAAUGUGCUUUAACUGCAAUAAGCCAGGACACGUGGCAAGGGAUUGCAAAGCACCAAAGGUUGAAGCGGGAGCAACCUUGAAUGCCGCAGGAGGAAGGCGUCCGGUAAUAGCAGGACGAGUGUACACCUUGAACGCUGACGAAGUUGAGAACAGCAGGGAGCUAGCUCGAGAAUAGACUAGUUCUGUUAGUGACCUUGUCAACGCUUUGUUUUGAGCUUGAGGCUUUUUUUUUUGGAAUUGUAUUCCACUUAUCUAUGUUGUAGCGGUCGCUACCUUUUGUUUUAAUUUCUAAAUCAAGAUGUAACCUCUUGAUGAUAUUCAAUGAGAGAUGUCCUUGCAACCCAAGUCUUCGCUAGAAGUUUGCUUAGCUAUAAUGUAAGACCUGGAUUUUCAGAACAAGCUAGUUUCCGACUCACGCGUAGAAUCAGUGUAAGCGUGACAGGAGUUUGAUAUUUGAGGAAGAUUAAUGAAGAAGAAAGUUCAGGAAUUGCUUGAGGAAUGUUGCGUAGUUGUUUUCGGAGUUAGUGCGAGUC